GGCAGCAUCAUGGCGGACAGAGACAGUGGAAGUGAGCAGGGAGGAGCAGCCACGGGCCCAGGCUUCGGUUCCAUGCACUCGGCGACGGGAGGGGCGGGCUCGGCUUCAGUCCUCCAGCACGAGACUCAAGAGCUGGCGUCAAAGCGGGUUGACAUCCAAAACAAACGCUUCUAUUUGGACGUAAAGCAGAACGCCAAAGGCCGCUUCUUGAAGAUAGCCGAAGUCGGGGCCGGUGGCAACAAGAGCCGCCUCACUCUUUCCAUGUCCGUGGCAGUCGAGUUCCGCGACUACUUGGGGGACUUCAUCGAGCACUACGCCCAGCUGGGUCCCAGCAACCCGGGUAUGGUGCAUGACGAGCCGCGGCGAGCGCUCAAAAGCGAGUUCUUGGUGCGGGAGAAUCGGAAGUAUUACAUGGAUCUAAAGGAGAACCAGAGGGGACGCUUCCUGAGGGUCCGGCAGACCGUCAGCCGGGGACCCGGCUUGGUGUCCACGCAGGGCCAGACCAUCGCUUUGCCGGCCCAAGGACUUAUCGAGUUCCGCGACGCUUUGGCCAAACUUAUUGACGAUUACGGCGUGGAUGAGGAGCCCACGGAGCUCCCUGAAGGCUCGUCAGUGACUGUGGACAGCAAGCGCUUCUUCUUCGACGUGGGCUCCAACAAGUACGGCGUAUUCAUGCGGGUAAGCGAGGUCAAGCCGACGUAUCGCAACUCGAUCACGGUGCCCUACAAAGUGUGGUCCAAAUUCGGGAAUACGUUCUGUAAAUACGCCGACGAGAUGAAGAAGAUCCAGGAGAAGCAGCGGGAGAAGCGAGCGUGCGAGAUGGAGGAGGAAGAAGAGGAGGAGGAGGAAGAUGAGGAGGUGCAGGCGGACGAUGGGGACGAGGAUUGA